AUGCCGCGCAGGAAUGUGAAAGGCUCCCGCCCGCCGCCAUUUUCUUUCUUUCUUGGCAGGCAGCGAGUGGGGCAGGAAGCGGUGGCUGAGCGAGUAUGGCGGACUAUUCCACGGUGCCCCCUCCUGCUUCGGGCGCUCCCGGGGGAGGCGGCGGUGGAGGUGGAGGAGUGAACGAUGCCUUUAAAGAUGCGCUGCAGAGGGCUAGGCAGAUUGCAGCAAAAAUUGGAGGAGAUGCUGGCACAUCAAUGAAUUCAAACGACUACGGUUAUGGAGGACAAAAAAGACCUCUUGAGGAUGGAGAUGGCUCUUGGACAAGUCCGAGCAGUACAACACACUGGGAGGGAAUGCCCUCUCCUUUUAAAGAUCAACCAGAUGCUAAGAAAGUUGCUCCUCAGAAUGACUCUUUUGGGAAUCAGCUACCACCGAUGCAUCAGCAGCAAAGAUCUGUGAUGACAGAGGAGUACAAAGUUCCAGAUGGAAUGGUUGGAUUCAUAAUUGGCAGAGGUGGAGAGCAGAUCUCACGCAUACAGCAGGAGUCUGGCUGUAAAAUACAGAUUGCACCUGAUAGUGGAGGCCUGCCUGAAAGGUCAUGUAUGCUAACUGGAACACCAGAGUCUGUUCAAUCAGCAAAAAGAUUACUUGAUCAGAUAGUUGAAAAGGGAAGACCUGCACCUGGCUUUCAUCAUGGUGAUGGACCUGGAAAUGCAGUCCAAGAAAUUAUGAUUCCAGCAAGUAAAGCAGGAUUAGUUAUUGGAAAAGGUGGAGAGACAAUUAAACAGUUACAGGAGCGGGCAGGUGUCAAAAUGGUCAUGAUUCAAGACGGUCCACAGAACACUGGUGCAGACAAGCCCCUUAGGAUAACUGGAGAUCCUUAUAAAGUUCAACAAGCCAAGGAAAUGGUGCUGGAGUUAAUUCGUGAUCAAGGUGGCUUUAGAGAGGUGCGCAACGAAUAUGGGUCAAGAAUAGGAGGAAAUGAAGGGAUAGACGUUCCAAUACCAAGAUUUGCUGUAGGUAUUGUUAUUGGAAGAAAUGGAGAGAUGAUAAAAAAGAUACAGAAUGAUGCUGGUGUUAGGAUCCAAUUUAAGCCAGAUGAUGGAACAACUCCAGAUAGAAUAGCCCAAAUCACAGGGCCUCCUGACAGAUGUCAGCAUGCUGCAGAAAUUAUUACAGAUCUCCUUCGAAGUGUUCAGGCUGGUAACCCUGGUGGGCCAGGACCUGGUGGUCGAGGAAGGGGUAGAGGCCAAGGCAACUGGAACAUGGGGCCUCCGGGUGGAUUACAGGAAUUCAAUUUUAUUGUUCCCACGGGCAAAACUGGAUUAAUCAUUGGCAAAGGUGGUGAAACUAUUAAAAGUAUAAGCCAGCAAUCUGGUGCUAGAAUAGAACUUCAGAGAAAUCCUCCACCUAAUGCGGAUCCAAACAUGAAGAUGUUUACUAUCCGUGGAACACCCCAGCAAAUAGAUUAUGCACGACAACUUAUAGAAGAAAAGAUUGGAGGUCCAGUAAAUCCAUUGGGUCCACCUGUUCCCCAUGGACCCCAUGGUGUUGUUCCUGGCCCACAUGGACCUCCUGGGCCACCAGGUCCUGGUGCUCCCAUGGGACCAUAUAAUCCAGCUCCUUAUAACCCAGGGCCUCCUGGCCCUGCACCUCAUGGUCCCCCAGCUCCAUAUGCUCCACAAGGAUGGGGAAAUGCUUAUCCACACUGGCAGCCACCAAAUCCACCAGAUCCAGGUAAGCCAGGAACAGAUCCCAAUUCAGCAGCGUGGGCAGCUUAUUAUGCUCACUACUAUCAGCAGCAAGCACAGCCACCACCUGCAGCCCCUCCUGGUGGACCAGCUACAACCCAAACUAAUGGACAAGGAGAUCAGCCAAAUCCAGCACCAGCAGGGCAGGUUGACUAUACCAAGGCCUGGGAGGAGUACUACAAAAAAAUGGGUCAAGCAGUUCCUGCCCCUGCUGGGGCUCCGCCAGGUGGUCAGCCGGAUUACAGUGCAGCAUGGGCUGAGUACUACAGGCAGCAGGCAGCAUAUUAUGCCCAGACAAGUCCACAGGGAAUGCCACAACAUCCUCCGGCACCACAGACAUUUAAUCAUCACUGAAGAAAGGGAAUUGAGAUACUCUGAUCUCUUCACUAUUGCUUGUCUCCAGUGAACACUUACCUGCUAAGAGAAGCCUGUGGUUUGCAAACUGCAAUCAAGAACAAAAGAAUGAGCCAUCUUCAGAAGGCACCUCUGAGUACUUUAUUUGUUAAUGGAGGAAAUGGACUGGUAACUCUCAGAGUACUGAUAAUCCAGGUUUCUGUAUACUGCAGGCAGCCCUGGGACUGUUACGCAGGGUAGCCAGUUAAGGGAAUUACAGAAAUCUUUUACUUGAAAUUCAUAAGGGAAGAAAGAAAGAAUUGAAGGAAAUUAACUGCUGAACUCUUUUAAGAAAACUUUGGACGUCAGAUUUCAACAAUCACUGAUACCAGAUGAAAGUGCAUGUUAGAAAGCGUCUUUUGAAGUAGAGAAUUUGUAAAUUACUGUAUAUUACUGGGUUAAUAAAUGCAUAUAUGUAAGGGUGGGAAAUGUUAACAAAACUUCAGUUAGAACGGCUAAUGACUUUGUGAAGUCCUCUCUCCAUUUUCUUCCCUCUUCUCCUUCACUAGUAGCCCCUGCCCAAAUAAAUACCAAAUGUUACUGUGUGGAAAGGUUAAGUGGUUUAUUGGAGGUGCAGGUGGAGGAGUAAACUACGGUUUGGGUAACUGCCUAAACCUAGAACCCUCACAAUCUGGAUCAGUUGGUAAUUUCAGUGUUUCAGUUUUCUGGAGAUUCUAUGGGUUUUUUUCCUGGAGAAUGUAAGUUUCUUGAAUGGUUUUGAAAUAUAGUCAUCUUGAGCUGUUUAUCCAAGAAUGUUCAUUCGUAAUUAUACUCUUAAGUUAGCAAAUUCCUAGAAAUAAUGUUUUAAGAUAUUUCAUGAAAGAUUAAAACCUCAUUUCUCGUUAA